AUAAACAAAAAGCUGUUCAUUUCUUGUUCAUUGUGCUUAGAUUUUUUUUCACAUGAAACAACAAAAAAAGAAAGUGAUGUUAACCUUUUCUUUUUAAUGCCCAUUGAUUUUACUAAAAGCUACUUUUUACAUUUUUGUUCCUAAUUUAUUUUUUUCUUUUAAGAUAUUCUUUUAAUUACUGAUAUGAAUGCGCGAUCCAAUACAUUUGAAAUUAAAUGCGCUGGUCAUCAGAUAAAUGAUGUUGUGUCAGCUAUUUUCCAUACAAUUCUUUUUUACCGAACAACAGGAAAGGUUACAUAUAAGGAUGAUAUAAGCUAUUCCGUUGGCUCGUUGGGUUAUGAAGAUGUUCAAUGUGAUUUUAUUGAUUACAGCUAUGUUCGAUGUGCUUCUCCAAGUAUCAUAAACUCUCUUAACAGUAAAAUUCGAGAAUUUGUGGAAAAACUAAGAGAUAGUAGAGAAAAAGUUGGAACUAUUACGAUUGAAUUUUACAAAAAAAAGAAGAGCUCUGGAGUAAUGGGAUUUUUCACUGACUCUAACUUAGUUUGGGAAAUAUGGAACCUUAAAAUAAUUUGUGUUGACGACAGAGCUAAGCCAGAAGUUUUAAAUUUAGAGGAAGUCAUACUUGACAAAGUUAUAUCAAUCAUUCAAAUAGUGAAUGGUGCUCGAUGUAUAACACCUCAAAUGCCUGAUAGGGACAAUGUUGAUGCUUUCUUCGAUAUAUCAUUUGAUGAUGCUCAACCUUAUUUACACAGAAUUCACCACCGAAUAGGAGAGGGACCCAAUGCAUCUACAAAUCUAACAAACAACGAUUUGGGUCUCAAAAAAUUAAUCAAAGACGCUUUGGCCUUAUGAUUACCUCUUCAUCUUCCUUUUGUACAUCAAAAAUCAAUCUUUACCUCGUAUAUUUCUCAAUAGAAAUUCCCGGACACUCUCAUCAUUUUAAAAACUUCCAUUGUCUAAACCAGGCCAACAACUCAUGAGUAAUUUUUUGCUCAGAUAAGGUUGAAUUUGACCAGAAAUAAAAUCAUUUUCUAAUAA